AUGAGGCUUCGAAUCACUCCAGGCGUCACUAUCGCCCUCGUCGCCUUGGUUAUCGGUAGACAUAUCGACAGUCCCGUGACUACCAGAACUUUCGGUAUCGACUCCUCGGACGCUCCUCCCCAGUUCAGCACUCCAGAGUUCAGCCCUCCAGAGUUCAAUGCUCCGGAAUUCGCUCCUCCUGCUCUCGCUCCCCGUACCGAUGGCGGCGACUUCAAUCCAGGCAACUGGGCCGAUGACGCUAAAUGGCAAAAGUACCUGGACAAGGGACAUCACUUGACGUGUCUCAUGGACGCCACCGACAGAGGCGCCGGGUGGCUCUCGAAAGAUACAAGACAACCGCCUUCCGCAGCGAGCAAAUGGACCGGCGAGCUCAGAGCUGAGAUUCCAUUAUGGGGUUGGCACGAAGCAGACAUUGACAAGGGUUGGGACGCCGAUUUCACAGCUAUGGGGCUCAGAACGGCGUUUGAAGGCCACGGUCUCGACUCGCAACCAAAGUUUGACGACGAAGGCGACCGUCUGCACGGGAGCAACGAAUGCUUCAAGAUUACACACUAUGACGAAACUUUGAGAUUAUACCCGAAUAACCCAAAUAACUAUGAAAUGGUAUAUGCCAAAGAUCAGAAGUAUUGGGUUGGGGGCAAGGAGUACUCGGGAACGGCUGCUUUUUACGAGUUCACUGUCAACAUCGGCGCAAACGGCGGAGGCCUCAUGGCCCAGAACAUCGAGAGUCCAAGCCAUGCUGUUCGUGGUAUGAUGGGAUGGGGUCGGCCAGCAAACCCCGGAGAGCUGCCCGAACUUGGUAUCGCGUCCGACAUCUUCUGGGGCUUUUGGGCUCGCGAUAACCCCAAUAUCAAGAACUUCCGCAUGUACGCCGCUCAACAUAUCAUCAAUCCCGAUACCUGUCUUCUAGUCGCUCGGGCGAUGAAGAACAAAGGCGUUAAAAAGUUAUCGCCUUGGCCAGCCUCACCCAUCGGCGCGACAGCAGCAUACUUUUUGGCGACCCACAAAGCCGAUCUCGGCAUCAAACGCAUCUCUAAGGUGACGGUCGUGACCAAUGUGAAGUCUCCUAGCAGUAACCGUAGGCUCGAUUACAAUAUGCACCUCUUCUUCGCCAUUGAAGAUGUACCACAGGAUGCGAUAACGGAGCCGAGUGAAGAAGGGGCCGUUGCCAAGAGGGAGACUGGUCGGAUCGACUCCAAGCUCAUCAGCGUCAGGAACAACGGGACAAAUUUGGUUCGCAUGCAUAGCAUGAUGGCCUAG